CGGCGACAGUCAAAGCGGCGUCUCUACGUUCGCCACUGAUGGAAUUCGCCAACCUUCUUGUGUCGGUGCUCUGACCUCUCCGCCUGGUCCCUGACAAGUCCUGCCCGCAUGACCUCCGCGCCGCUCCCGAUGAAGAAACGCGCCGCGCGCGACACGCUGCUCGAUGCAGAGCGCCAUGCCCGAGCCGGGCUGCUCUCGGAAACCGACAAAAACGUCUUCCUCAAGUCGACCGCGUCGGAGAUCGUGUCGAACAUCCAGAACAAAGUCUGGACCGCGUCCCAAGUGUUGGAAGCGUUCAUUGCUCAGGCGCUCAUUGCCCAUACCGCCACAAACUGUAUCACCGAGGGUAUGCGUCUCAUCAUGUGAGACGGUGUCCUUGUUGACCGGCGGCGCCCAGUUCUCUUCAAAGAUGCUAGGCAGCUCGCGAAGGACCUGGACCUGGAGUUUGAAAGCACCGGGCAUUUGAAAGGGCCGCUCCACGGCGUUCCUAUCAGCGUAAAAGAUCAAUGUCAGCCAUCGAGCCUCGGCGCCAGGCCACUCCUCUGAACUUUCGCAGAUGACAUCAAAGGCUACGAUACGACGAAUGGUCUCACAUCCUGCAUAGACAAACCUGCGACGACCAACUCCGACUUCGUGCAAACCAUGAUCGACGCCGGCGCAGUACCGUUCGUGAAGACGAACGUGCCGCAGACCCUAUACAUGUACGAAUGCUCGAACCCCAUCUACGGCCGCUCGACGAAUCCGUACAACGCGGCAUACUCGUGCGGCGGCAGCUCCGGCGGCGAGGCGUGCAUGCUUGCGUUCGACGCGUCGGUUAUUGGACUGGGCUCGGAUAUCGCCGGGAGUCUGCGCAUUCCUGCAUCGUAUUGCGGGAUAUACUCGCUCAAGCCGGGCAUUGGGCGUGUCUCCGAUCAGGGUGCUAUGGCUUCGUUCCCCGGCUUUGAGGGCAUCAAGAGUGUCUGUGGCCCGAUGGCACGCUGCAUGGACGACCUGGAGCUGGCCUGCCGAGUCUCAUUUGGUGCUCCAGGCCGGUACAACGAGCAUGUUCCCCUCCCGUUCCGCGAAGAAGCACUGCCGCCAAAACUCAAGUUCGGAUAUUACACGGACGGCAUCAUCAAGGGUUCGCCCGCGGUCAUCCGGGCAGUCCAGGAAACGGUCACCGCGUUGAGAGCUGCUGGACACGAGUGUAUCGAAAUUGACAUGCCUCUGGGCGCGGAUGUCCUGAACAACUGGAUGCAGCUGACGUCUGCGGAUCGGUUCAGCAGCCUCCUGCGUGGCGUUGGGUCGGAUCCGUUGGAGCCAUUCCUGUCCAUGAUGACCUUGCCACCGAAGCUACCUCAUAUUGUUCGCAACACUGCGGCCUGGGGAGCUGGAAGCUUCAUGGGAGACAAGAUAUUGGCCGAUGUGCUGCGUAACAGUACAGCCUCGAGUGCGGACGGGUACCAUCAAGCUGUGAUCGCCCGGGACAUCCUAAAGAAGCGAUUUACCGAUGAGAUCUGGAACAAGUAUGCGCUGGAUGGUAUCAUCACUCAUGUGCAUGCUACACCCCAGAUACCCCAUGGGGGCUCGACCAUGCUGUCAGCCAUGUCAACGUCGACCGCGCUCUACAACUUUGUCGACUGUCCUGUCGGGGUCGUCCCAGUGACACUAGUCGAUGUCGACAAAGAUGAGCUCACCGACGAAUGGAGGAACGGCCCGGGGCACGGGUCCCCGGUGAACGAAAACGAGCUCUACACCAAAGGCAAUCCGCGACCAGUUUACGACCCCGCUGCGAUGCACGGGAUGCCUGUGGGCGUGCAGGUCGUGGGCAGGCGCUGGGAGGACGAGAAGGUGCUCGGCAUGAUGCGCCUCGUGGACGCCGCAUUAGGCCCGGCGCGCGGCUUCUUGCCUGGGUCCUGGGAGAAGAGGAUCCCAGCGCCCAAGGCUGCUUGAGGAGGUAUCGGCUAUCGACAUUCGGCAUCGGAAUCUAUACAUUCAUCGUAUUUAAGUAUAUGACAUUAUUUAUUUUGGGUCCCUCGCGCUGGCGUGCAAUGGUUUCUUGCCCCGAAGCUGAUAUCACUGGGCGCAAACCAUGCUUUCGAUGUGGAAUUUGAAAUGGCUCUCAUAUCUUCGACUGGAUCAUUUGAAUCUCCAUUCAGUGUGUACUCGCCCUUCAGCAUCCUCGUCCCGGUGUGAUCAUGUCACGUGCCUGAGACGAUCACAUGAGCUGCAGUCGAGAGUCAGAAGAUCGCAUCCGCCUUGCAGCACGUCCACGCGAUGAACUGUGCUCUGAAUCGCAUAUCAGUCCGUACCGAUUCAAACACCGACGGCGAUUCCGCGGCGACGAUGACGAGUUCUAUAUCGAUUCCUCCCACGCACAGCCUGCCUGUCUGACGCCGCUGACUCGCGCCGGAAAUAGAAGAUGGUGCAUGCAUAGUACAGCUUCCUCACCCCGCUCGCCAUGUCCCCCUCACCGCCGAACCCCGACGCGCCGGCGCGGGCGCACCCACGGCUAACUCCCUACCGCUCAGUAACGCUGGCGGCCACCGCCGCAUUCCUUCUGUCGAAGGCGUUCUAUUCGUACACCGGCAACAACACGCUUUCGACGUCGCUGGAUCUGGGCUACGGUUUGCUGUGUGCCGGGCUGUAUUGGCUCGGGCUGUACGACGAGGACUGCCGCGGGCGGUAUCCGCGUAUGCAGUGGUUCUUCCAGACGGAUGUGUCUCUGUAUAUGUGUGAAGCUACGAGUGCUUUGCGGAACCGAUGGGCAAGAUUCAACGCGCGGCGAUGGCUGAGACAUCUGGCUGGCCUGCGGAUCGACAGGGCUCGAGAUCCCGAACGCGCCCAUGCCAUGCACCGGAUCGCACACACGACCACGCACCUCGUCACCACGUCAGCCACGACUGGCAUCCAAACAACCGCUCCCGUCGCCGACAGCAUCAUGCGUCGCCGGGUCCCCCAUCCCGCAGACUCCCCAGCCCCGAAGCAAGAAUUCGCGGCGUUCAGAUGCGGGCGGUGCGCGCGCGGUUUCUCGGCCGAGCACGCGCUGCGGAACCACUGCGCGACCAAGACCGACCACCCGUACUGCAGCCCCUGCGAUAUCCUGUUCUGCGACGACAUGGCGCUCACGCAGCAUCUCCGCGACGCGGCCGUGCACCGGCCGGAGAAGGAACAACCUGAAGCUGACAUGCACGAGACGAAGAGCGGAGACACGCAGAUCAAGGAGCUGACGGACCAAGUCGCGUCUCUCAAGCAGGCGUUCAAGAACCUCGAGAAAAGCCAACACCCGGGUGUCAAGCCGAAGGAUCCUGCCGCAAGCGAUCGCGGGCCAUCCUGCAAGCUGUGCGCCCGCCACUUCAAGGACACGGACGCACUCAGCAACCACUUAGCAGAUAGCGACAUCCACAGCUUCUGCAAGCCGUGCCGUCGCCAGUUCGACGACCGGGAGGCGUACUACCAACACCUGACCGCCAGCAGCCGCCACUGCUGGUGCUUCUUCUGCUGGGAGGACUUUCCCAGCCGGAUUGCAUUGAGGAAGCACGGCUUGUCUGAGCAUGACGAUGAAUCGAAUUGCCUCUUCUGCGGCGAACGAGUCCUAAGCGCGGACAUCAGAGGGCAUGUUUUAAGAGGUCCCUACCUUCUCGACCUUCUCGACCUUGCGACCCUUCUCGAGCAAGACACCCAAUCUACGUAUAAACACGAGCCUCUGGCACACAAAGACAUCCACACUACGUACACCCUUUCCUCGUCCCACACAUGGCUCGCGUCAAACAAACUGCACGCAAAACAACAGGCACCUCACUGGGGCACCCCACCGGCAGGCAAAGGCCCGCGCAAAGCCCUCAGCGCCAAAUCCGGGCGUCCGGGCGGCAGCGGCGGCGGGGCCACGAUCCAGCCCAUGGCGCGCAAGACCGCCGCGAAGCAGUCGCCCGCAAGCCACGAGUACGGGCACAUGAGCAACAUGAAGCGCCGCUUCCGCCCCGGGGCGGUCGCCCUGCGCGAGAUCCGCAAGUACCAGCGCUCGACGGAGUUGCUGAUCCGGAAGCGCCCGUUCCAGCGGCUCGUGCGCGAGCUUGCGCAGAGUUUCAAGACCGACUUGCGGUUCCAGUCCGGUGCGCUCGCGGCGCUGCAGGAGGCCGCGGAGCACUACAUCGUAGGCCUGAUGGACGACUCGAAUCUGUGUGUGCUGCACGCCAGGCGCGUGACGCUGAUGCCCCGCGACAUGCGGCUCGCGCUCCGCCUGAGGGGGGACGCUCACAGACUGGGGUCGGUGUGACAGAACAAACGAGUGUGGCCGCCGUCAUUAGGGAACGUCAGUACAGAACCAGCAGGUCCUACGUAGGAUAUAUAC